ACAUAGUGCAGCUUUAAUAGCGUCUUAUGCAUCAUAUUCCCCACUGAGCGACGAAACGGUGAUGGUUAAUUUGCAUAGGUUUCAAAACAAAAUGUUCUUUGAUUUGUGAAAGAUUUGCAGUUUUGGAGAACGGUGGUCCAUAACCCAAUGCCCCUCCUCCUUUUCUUUCUCCCACCCAUCCUCUCGCCUCAUGUUCGGUGGAGGGCUGUUCUCUAGCUUUUGCUUAUCGUUCUCAGGAGAGUUUACUGACACUUUGAUAAGCUCUCUGUUUGAUAGGAUGAGAGCAGUGUAAUCCGCAGUGCAUCGGAUAGCACAACAGUUUUCUACACUGCCAAAGGAGGUCUCCAAAACCUCUCAGGUCAGAGCACGCUGUCCCACUAAAUGGAUCCUGCCAUAGAUGACCCAGGCAGAUUCAGCCCCCUGGAUGAUCCAGAGGCCUGGUCUGGCUCUGAUGACCCCGAGGGUCCUUAUUGCUCCCAAGAUGAGGCUUACUAUGGGGAGACAGAGAGUGAUCCAGAGCCACAAAGUGAGCAGGAAUCAUCUAAUGCUCUGGAUCAUCUCCUUGAUCCUAAGCCUGAGAACCCUGAAUCCUCCUUCUCUGACUACUCCCAGGAGGAUGAUGCCCCGGGUUUGCUUUGCCAAAGUCCAGAUCCCUGCCUUGACACUCUUUCUGAUGCACAAAAUGACAACCCUCCAGAAGACCAGGACCCAAAAAACCUUGAUAGUAGCCCACUCUCCAUUUCAAACUAUAGUGCCCACAAUCAAGAAGACCACCAGCCUUCUGCUUCUGGGUCUUCUUCCCCUGACCAGGCUAUAACCCUACCACAACCCAGGAAGCAGUUGGCUCAGGAAAGUUUGGAUUCCCUGGAGUCAGAAGAGGAGGAAAAGCAGAGUAGAGGAGGAGGAGGAAAAGGAGGAGGGAAAGAGGCAGCACCUCCUGCGUUGUAUGUCACUGAUGGAAUUCAAGCCCACGGUGCUGAGCAGGCAGUGCAGUGGGGCGCUGCUUCCCUCACUGAAACCACCAAAGCUAGCAGACAGCGGACAAGACACGAAUGCCUAAGAAGGAGUGAGGGGCAGUCCGAGAAGCAUCUGAAAGAGGCUAAAUCUAAAUGCAAACGCAUCGCCCAGCUCUUGACUGCUGCUCCAAACCCUGAAAGUAAGGGUGUGUUGAUGUUCAAGAAGCGCCGGCAAAGGGCCAGAAAAUUCACGCUAGUGAGCUACGGUACACGAAAGCCAGAGGACGACAGUUUUGAAGACGAGUACGGGUUUGAAGACGACAACAUAGGCAAAGACUUCAGGUUUUCCCUUCCGGCAACAAGUGAAUCUGAAUUUGACGAAGAUUUUUGUUUUAAUGUUCAGGGCCAAGGUGCUGCUUUGAACGUGUUUUACAACUACGAACCACAAGAAGAGAGAACAUUAACAAAUUAUAACUGGGAAAAGAUGGAGCAACUUCCACACACAAAAGGCAAAGGGGUCUUGAUGUUUGCCCAGCGGCGUCAAAGGAUUGAUGAAAUUACUGCACAGCAUGAGGAGAUGAGGCAAAAGGGCAUACCAGUGGAAGCAUUUGUGGAAUCUGAGACUGUUGCACCUUCCAUGCCUACCCUUCGAGAGGAAAAUGUUCCAGUCCAUCAGGAUGUACAUGUCAAGCAGCAACCACAGUAUCAGGAACAGCAAUAUCAGCAACAGAUGUAUCAGCAGCCAAACACUGGUGUAAAUGGUCUUGAUCCCUACCAGGUUUCUUCCAUGUCCAAAUCCCUUGUGUCCAACAGAACCGCCAAGCCAUUUGGUGGUCUAAAUCAUGCCCCAAUACCUUAUUCACCUGUUAGAGGUGUCCCAAACCCAACACCAAAGAAAUCUGAAAACAUCUUCAAAGUUCCCAUUCCAGUGAACACAAGCCCUCAGGUGUGGUCACCCACAGGUGAUAUCAUUGCAUCUCGUGAUGAACGUAUUGCAGUACCAGCUAUCAAGACUGGAAUUCUGCCAGAGGCAAAAAGAAGAGCAAAUAAAGCAGAUUCCAGACAUGUUCCUCCAGAAGAAGACUAUCUCAGUCUUGGUGCGGAAGCCUGCAAUUUCAUGCAAGCUCCAACAGUCAGGCAAAAACAUCCUCCACCAGUUCUUCCUAAGCCUGCCAUCAAUCCAGCUUGCCCACCAUGGUCUGCAGAGGGUCAUGCCCCUCGCAGUCCUCUUCCAGCCUCAAGUCCUGUUCCUGCUCAGCAAAACUGGGCUCCACCUCAACCUCAGCCAGCUACCAAACCCUGGGCUCCAUCACCAACUCAGCCACUGCCACAGCAACAUAUGCCUGCUUGGGUACCACACAACCCAUCAGCUUCAUAUCAGGCUGCAUGGGCUUCAGAACCACAGCAGGCGCCAGUGAGUAUCAAAACCCCAACUACACCUCAUGCAGCUCCUUCACAGUCAAGGACUCCAUGGACUAAGCCACAAAUUGAUGCCAACUCUGUGGCUUCCUGCCCACCCCAACAAGGGAGCUCUUACUUCCAUGCAUCCAAGGCUCCACCAGCUUCUCCAAGGGGGCAUGCCUCAGAAACAGGUCUCUCUGAUGGGCCAACCCUUAAGGGCAAAGGUGCAGAACUUUUUGCCAGGAGACAGUCCCGUAUGGAGAAGUUUGUGGUAGAUGCCAAAACAGUGCAGGCCAACAGAGCCAACAGACCCCCCUCACCCACACUCUCCAUGCCAAGCACCUGGAAAUAUUCUCCAAAUAUCCGGGCUCCUCCUCCAGUGUCCUACAAUCCCAUCGUAUCCCCUUUUUACCCUCUUGCAGCACAGAAGCAACCCACCUCUGUAACUAGCCCUAAACCCCAAGCAAACAAAGAGAAACCCAAGCCACCACCCAAACAUCUCAGUGUUGUGGAUGUCAUGAAGCAUCAGCCAUACCAGCUGGAUACCUCACUCUUCACCUACAGCUCCUUCCCAGAAGUGAAGGGUGCAAGCCCUAAAACAUCCCCUGUCCCCCCUCCAGAGUCCAAGCAAACCUUUGCCCAAACCCCUAGCCAUUUGCAACCCCCUUCUUCUGGUCAUUUUCUGUCUCCUACCCUGUCCCCUUCCCCUGUCCCAACUUCUGGAAGUGCCCAGUCAUUUAAACAAGGUGCUCCUGUCAAACCUAGCGGACCGGUGAGUGUUUCAUAUCCCUUUAUCCGUCAGCCUGCUUCAGCUGAGGCUGCUCCUGCUACACAGCCCUCACAUGGGAAAGUACCUGCAACACCUGCCAUGCACGAUGGCCCAAGCAAAGUCUCCUCUAGCACCUCUGCUCCUCUCUUUAGCAAUGCUGGAAAUGUCUCUUUGUCCCCUUCCUCUUUCUCACUAAAUAAUGAAGCUGUCUCAAGAUAUUCUUUGCCAAUAGCUCCUAGGCCUAGGUUUUCUGCAAAAAAGUCAGCUGUUGGUGGCAAGCAGUGGAAACCAGUGGUAAUGCAACACUAAGCAAAUCGAGUUUCACGUUGUUAAUCAACAUAUACUAAGUUCAAAAGUCAACUGAGCUAGUUGGAGAAAUUGCAAAUAGCACAGAACCUUCUUAAACAAAGACUGGAUUUCUCAAAAUGAUUUAUAAUUUCAGAAUUUAACUAUAUUUGAAAUAUGUAUUACUGGUGAAUGGAGUCAUUAUUAUGUACUCCAUUUACCAGCAAAGCGUGCAGAUGUUGUGUUGUCCCAGUGUGGACAUUUUUAAAGUGUUUGUUUAUCGUCUAAAUAAUUCGACAUGCUGCCACUGAUUUGUGCUAGAUUUUCAGCAAUGGGAAUGCUAAGUUGAGUUUGGUAUGUAAGAUGUGUCAAUGAGACAAUUUGAAGAAAGAGAGAUGAAUAUUCAUUGGAGAAACAUAUUUGAAUUACUAACACUAAUCAGACUUCGGCUUGUAAAUAUGUCAUAUUUAUUAUAACAGAGAAAUGUCUCUCAGUGAUCUCAGGAAAACCAGCUAUAUUUGGUUUCUACUUAUCAUAUCUUAAAUUUGUUUACCUUUGGGAGGAUUCUACCAUGAAUACAGAAAGUUACAUUUGUAUGUUCAACAAAGUAUGUCAAGUGGGCCUCAGGGGGUCAAGAAAGAAUGCAAGGGUGAUCCAUGUCAGCCAUUUCGCCUGGCUAAAAAAGGAGUGGUGGCAAAACAUAAAUGGAGUGUUUGGCUUUUAUCAUAUGUUAAGAAUUUGGUCUUUAGCCACUAUUUCAGGGAGUAUAAAAAGAUAUGUUGUUCACUACUAGGAGCCUAUUGAAAUCUAAUUUUAUGCCAGUCUAGCUGCUGAUGGUGAGUGCAAACCUCUGAAGUGCGACCGACUGCUGCAUGGCAGUCCAUUAUUCCUGAUUUAGUAGACUUGCUCAUUGGGUAUUUUGGAUUAUUUGGUCCAUGCUCCACCCACAAAUGUGUUAUUUCAUAGCAGCUGUUGUAAGAUGAAUACUGGCAAAAGUCACAUUCAACCUAAUGAUAAACUAAUAGUGCAGGUUAUUGAGAAAACACUUUAGAGUACAAUUUAAAGUGUGUUAACUGCAAAAUAAUUUUUUUGAUGACAUCUUAAAGAUUACACUAAAGACUGGAUGUCAUUUUUUGUUGUAUAAUUGAGGCAAUGUUAGCAUUGUGGUGCAUUCAACAUUGCUGUUUCCCCACUGCGUAGGUGUGAUCAGAUACAACAACAUAGUCCAGUUUCGGUGCCAUAACAGCUAGAAGCUCAACCUUGUAUAUCAAUUCUAAACAAAAAUUUGAUUUCUCACUCAUUUUAAUGCUGGUUUUAAUGUUGGUUUUUAAGUCACAUAUCCACAUGGCCUACCUACUUCCCCUCAGAGGGAAAUCCCUGAUGCCAUCUUAAGGGACUGUUCCAUUACGUUUUUAGCUCUUGUGAAGUUGGAGUGGUGAGGGCUUUCGUGAACAUGACUUCAGCAGCAGAACUUGCGUAAGGACACGUCUUUACUGUGCUAGCUUCAAAGCCUCAGUUCAAAGCUACGUGGCUAUUAAGAACAAAAAGAAAGUCAAUAAAACUCAAGUUUGUGUGGCUAGCUGACUGAGGCUGACCUAGCCUAGGGCAAUUAUAUUACAAUGGAAAAGUCCUCUCCUGUUGUCCCCUCUUCCUCUUGUACUGCAAUGUCAUUUCCAUUCUGUGUCAUGACAACAACAACGGUUGCAGCAAAUGAACUCAUUGGUGAGUGGAGCAUAGAAGCUUUUUCUGUAUUCUGUCUUCUAAACUUUGGCUUAUUUUUGUUUUCUCCUUAUUGUGAAUUUGUAUGUGUUAUAGUUUUGUUGUAGAAAUUAUCCCUGCUGAGCAGACAGUGCUAUUUUAUACAGGGAAAAGGGCAUAUAACAUAACGGACAGUACAAUUGUAAUUAUUUAAACAAGUCAACGUUUAUAUUGCUUCCCGUUUGAUCUGCUCUUUUCUUGUUUUCCCUAAAGAUUGCACUUCCUGGACUCUCUCUUUAAUUAUUAAAUGUUUCCUUCAACUCUC